AUGGUGCGACGGCCGCCUGGCCAUGUCGCUCACCCGGGCAAGCGCCUGAUUGCCCUCGCCGCCCUCCUACUCCUCCCGGGCCUCCGGGCUGUCGAUGCUCAGCAGCAGCACCCUCAACAGCAACAGGUCACCCGCCACCUCGACGAUCUCCAUCGCCCGCCCCUCGCCGCCGCCAUCCUCGACGGGAAAGAUCCCGACGAUGCCGCUAUCGUCGGUGGCGCUGCUGCGGCCGCCUACCGCGCCAGGACGCCCGGCUCGUCCAACCACCAAAAGAAGUCCCCUGCAGAGGGCGACCCAGCCAUCCCCAACCUGACCGUCGAGGUCCCCAAGGUGCAGAGGAAGAGAACCAUCUCCUCUGCCUCGUCCGAGAAACCCUAUGCUAAAUACGAAAACAUCAUCAUACCUGAAGAUGCGAGCGCCCUCGCUACUUUGGCUCCGGACUCGCCGUCCGUUCGAGCACCUCUCCCUCCGCACCGAGCCAGCACCACCGCCGGUACUGGCCUCGCCUCGCCGCAGACUGCGCGGUCGUUGGGAGACUGGGAAGUGGAAGACUUUGUCCUCCUGGCGACCGUCGAUGGAGAUUUAUACGCCAGCGACCGCAGGAACGGCCGCCUGCGCUGGCAUCUCGAAGUCGAACGACCCGUGGUCGAGACCGUCCACUACCGCACCAACGUCUCCCUCCUCGACGAGGACUACAGCCCCAUCGACCACUACAUCUGGGCCGUCGAGCCCAACCGCGACGGGAGCAUCUACGUCUGGAUACCCGGAGACUCUGGCGCCGGUCUCGUCAAGCUACCUCUGACCAUGCGUAAGCUCGUCGGAGACCUCACUCCCUAUCAGGACCGAGAGACUCCCGUCGUCUACACCGGCCGCAAGGAGUCUACUCUUGUUACCCUCGACGCAGCCACUGGCCGAGUCCUCGAGUGGUACGGAGUCGGCCAAUUUCUCAACAACCAGCCCGACAGCUGUGUUCCUCCCAACGGCUUCAUGGACGGCGAGGAAUGCGCGAGAAGCGGAACCAUUACCCUCGGCCGCACAGACUACAUCGUCGACAUCCGCCGCAAGAAUGGACCUCCCAUCGCAACACUCCGAUAUUCGGAGUGGGGCCCCAACAACUACGAUAGCGAUUUGCACAAUCAGUACGAAAGAACCAUGGACAAUCGCUACAUCACUGGCCAGCCCGAUGGCAAAGUGUACAGCUUCGACCUCGACCGGGCCCACUCGCGGUCCGUCGAUGAGAACCCACCCCUCUGGGUGCAGCCCUUCCCGUCGCCCGUCGCCCGCGUCUUCGACAUUGCUCGCCCCAACGACGCCCCCUCUGGCAGCAACCCAGAAUUGCUGGUUCUUGCUCAGCCAGCUCCGCCGCCCGAGAAUGACCAUACUGCACGCCUGCGCGAGACAAGUACCUUCCUCAACCAGACCGAAAGCGGCAGCUGGUAUGCCCUCUCGGGCAAGGCCUACCCGCUCAUCCUCGAGGCGCCGACCGCGCAGUGCAGCCGCGCCAGCUGGUGGGACGACCACCAGGCCAUGGACAUGACGCAAUCCCAGCUUCGAAUCGCCCUCACCGGCACCCAUUACAUGACACACGGCAACGCGCUCCAGCGCAAGAAGUCGCUCCCGCCCACCCUACCCGGAGCUCCCAUGAACCACGGCGCCCAGGGAGACGACGAGCUCAUCGAUGAUGUGAUCCCGACCAUCAUUCCCGAGCCGCCCGAGCCGUCGAACGUCAUCGACAAGGUGAAGGAGCUGCCACAAGCCGCCGCCAACAACGUCAUUGACUUUAUGCGGAACCCUUUCUUCUUCCUGGUCAUCAUAUUCGUUCUGUUCAACUACCAGCAGAAUCUCCGACGAUGGUACAAUGAGAUGAAGCGAUCGGUAUGGACAGAUAAGGAUGCCAAGACCGGCAAGAUCAGGGAUGGCUCCACUCCCGCGCCUGAUGAGAAAGAUGCGAAAACCAAAGAAUCUGAAGAGAAAGCCCAGAGCCCGCCUCUGGUGCCUCCUGCUGAGGUUCUCGAGCCCCCUGAGACGGGCGAGAAGCAGCCCAAGCUUCCAAAGGAGCCAACGACUGAAGACGAGCAACAAAAUUCCCAGGAGGCUGGAACCGAUUCCGACAACAAGGUCAAGUUUGUCGACCCGCCGGAGAAGCCAAACGGGACCCCGACUCCCGUGGGUGGUGCUGACCCUGACUCAAACGACACCCCUCCGGAAAAGGAGAAGGUGAAGAAGGCGCAUAGGGGCCGCCGGGGAGGCGUCAAGCACCGCCGCGGCAAGAAUAAGCGCGAAGGAUCUGUGUCUCGCGACGACGAGCCGCCGCCUCUCACAGUUGAGGAAGCCGUCGACAAUGCUAAGAAACUCGGCGAGGUCACCCGUCGCCUCGAGCCCGACAUUGUGACUGUGACAAAUGACGUGCAGGAAGUCUCUGGUCCAAUCCUUAGAAUGGGCACGCUCGAGGUCAACGAGGACCAGCAGCUGGGCACGGGCAGCAACGGAACCGUUGUUUUUGCCGGCAAGUUUGACGGCCGCGACGUGGCUGUCAAGCGGAUGCUCAUUCAGUUCUACGACAUUGCGUCCCAGGAGACACGCUUGUUGAGGGAGAGUGAUGACCAUCCUAAUGUCAUUCGGUACUACGCACAGCAGCAACGCGAUGCCUUCCUCUACAUCGCUCUCCAGCUCUGCCAGGCCUCUCUGGCCGAGGUCAUUGAGCGUCCUUCCAUGUUCCGUGACCUUGCCCAAGCCGGCGAACGCGACUUGCCUGGCGUUCUGUACCAGAUCACCAACGGCCUGAGUCAUCUGCAUAAGCUGCGCAUUGUCCAUCGGGAUCUCAAGCCACAGAACAUUCUGGUGAAUCUCAAGGACGGCAAGCCGCACCUCCUCGUCUCCGACUUUGGCCUGUGUAAGAAACUCGAGGGCGGGCAGAGCUCUUUCGGAGCGACUACCGCGCACGCCGCCGGGACCAGCGGCUGGCGGGCACCCGAGCUGCUCCUCGACGACGACACUCGGGACACGGGCACGGCGCUGGUCGACGCCAGCUCCGCGCACAGCGGCUCGGGCAGUCUCGUCAGCUCGGACCUCAUGCACAACCGCCGCGCCACGCGCGCCAUCGACAUCUUCAGCCUGGGCCUCGUCUUCUUCUACGUGCUUACUAAGGGUUCGCACCCGUUCGACUGCGGCGACCGGUACAUGCGCGAGGUCAACAUCCGCAAGGGCAACUACAACCUCGACGCGCUCGACGCGCUCGGCGACUUCGCGUACGAGGCCAAGAACCUGAUCGAGGCCAUGCUGGACAAGGAGCCCAAGAACCGGCCGUCGUGCCAGGACGUCAUGGCGCACCCCUUCUUCUGGCCGGCCGAGAAGCGCCUCAACUUCCUGUGCGACGUGUCGGACGGCUUCGAGAAGGAGCCGCGCGACCCGCCGUCGCCGGCGCUGCAGAGCCUCGAGCUGCACGCGCAGCGCGUGUGCCGCGCGGAUUUCCUGCGGCAGCUGCCCAAGGACUUUGUCGACUCGCUGGGCAAGCAGCGCAAGUACACGGGCACGCGGAUGCUGGAUCUGUUGAGGGCGCUGCGCAACAAGCGCAACCACUACGAGGACCUGUCGGACGCGCUCAAGAAGACGGUCGGCCCCUUGCCGCAGGGCUACCUCGGCUUCUGGACGCGGCGGUUCCCGAACCUGCUGAUUGCGUGCUGGAACGUUGUGUAUGAUUGCGAGUGGGACUCGAAUGAUCGGUUUCGGAAGUAUUAUCAGCCUGCUUAUCUUUGA